AUGGAUAAUGAAGGUGAACCAGAUAUCUCAUUGAGAACUGUUGUAACUGCUGUAAAUCAACAAAGUAAAGAUAUUGAGGCAAUUAUUGAUGCUAAAGUGACGGAGAAAAUUGGUGGACUUAGAGAAGAAUUACAGGAUAAUUAUAUUGAUUAUAAUUUGACCAAUGAUUGUUUUGAAUAUGAACUAGGUCAAUCUGAUAUUAUUGUUAAGGGUAGACUUAACAUUCGACUUUGGAUAGAUAUUGGUGCACCUAAAUUUAUUAAAGAUACUAUAAGAGAUGGUUAUAUUUUACCUUUCUAUUCAAAUCCAAUAUCGCUUGGUAGUUCUCAGGGGGAAGGGUUCCAUUUUGGAACUACUAAUCUUGCUUGUCUUAGCAGAGGAAAGAGGUCUCCCAGCAGAGCAGUACAUAGACUAGCCCAUCGAUAUUUAAAAUAUCAUGGGUAUUACUAUGAAUGGAGACCUAUAAGAGGAACAGAAAACAACGAAAGAUGGGAUGGACAGGUAUCCAUCCAAACAGAACCACUUCGAUCCAGAUAUUGUAGGCAUGGUACCGAAUCUUACGCGGCAGGAUAUGGAGUUCUCUGUACAGAAUGUGUAAACGGAUGUGUUCGGUAUUUCGAGAAAGCAUACUAUUAUAUAAUAUUGACCAGCAACUGUCACCAUUUCGCUAAUUGGUUGGCAAACAUUUUGUGCACACGGUUCUCUUGUCCUUCUGAAUGUGAGCGAUAUCGGUAG